AUGUCUCACAGAAAGUACGAAGAACCACGUCACGGUUCCCUUGGAUUCUUGCCAAGAAAGAGAGCUGCCUCCCACAGAGGAAAGGUUAAGGCCUUCCCAAAGGACAACAAGACUAAGCCAGUCGCUUUGACCGCUUUCUUGGGUUACAAGGCUGGUAUGACCACCAUCGUUCGUGACUUGGACCGUCCAGGUUCCAAGAUGCACAAGCGUGAGAUUGUUGAGGCUGCCACCGUUGUUGACACCCCAGAGCUCGUUGUCGUCGGUGUCGUUGGUUACAUCGAGACCCCAAGAGGUUUGCGUUCUUUGACCACCGUCUGGGCCGAGCACUUGUCUGAGGACGUUAGAAGAAGAUUCUACAAGAACUGGUACAAGUCCAAGAAGAAGGCUUUCACCAAGUACUCUGCCAAGUACGCCGAAGGUGCUUCCGAUGUCGAGCGUGAGCUUGCCAGAAUCAAGAAGUACGCUUCCGUCGUCAGAGUUCUUGUCCACACCCAGAUCAGAAAGACCCCAUUGUCCCAGAAGAAGGCCCAUUUGGCCGAGAUCCAGGUCAACGGUGGUUCUACCUCUGACAAGGUUGACUGGGCCAAGGAGCACUUCGAGAAGACCGUCAGCGUCCACUCUGUUUUCGAGCAGAACGAGAUGAUCGACGUUGUCGCCGUCACCAAGGGUCACGGUUUCGAGGGUGUUACCCACAGAUGGGGAACCAAGAAGCUUCCAAGAAAGACCCACAGAGGUGUCAGAAAGGUUGCCUGUAUUGGUGCUUGGCAUCCAUCGCACGUGCAAUGGACUGUUGCCCGUGCCGGUCAGAGAGGUUACCACCACAGAACUUCCAUCAACCACAAGGUUUACAGAGUUGGUAAGGCUGGUGAUGAGGCUUCCGGUGCCACCGAGUUUGACCGUACCAAGAAGACCAUCACCCCAAUGGGUGGAUUCGUCAGAUACGGUUCCGUUGAGAACGACUUUGUCUUGCUCAAGGGUUCUAUCCCAGGUCCAGUCAAGCGUGUUAUCUCUUUGAGAAAGUCCCUUUACGUUGACACCUCCAGAAAGGCUCUGGAAGAGGUUAACCUUAAGUGGAUUGACACUGCUUCCAAGUUCGGUAAGGGUAGAUUCCAGACCCCAGCUGAGAAGCACGCUUUCUUGGGUACUCUCAAGAAGGACUUGGAGAACUAG